AUGAACAUCACCACGAAGGUCGCCGAAAAUCUCGACAAUUUGGCUAAUAACGAGAUUAGAAUCUCACAAGAUGAGUUCCGCUACAACACAAAUGGACUAACUCGCAAGAGUGAGGAAGGUAAGUUCCCCUGGUCGGAUAUGCUACACAAAAAGACUUCUACAAUAAACUACUCUUUCCAGCUGCCUCCACAUAUAGUUCUUCUGUUUGAGGAAACCUCCGGUUUGGAGGUUAAUGAAGAGAUGGGGAUGGAAGAAACGGAGAGGCAGAGCCGGCGUUCUCAAGUAUGGCCUUGA